GGUUUACUGAAGUGAUCACAACGCAGUCAUGGCUACGGACAAGAAGAUGCCCGGUUAUUUCGACUACAUCGUUGUUGGUGCAGGUCCAGGUGGCUGUCAAAUGGGUUACUUCCUUGAGAAGAAGAAGCGUAGUUACGCUAUACUGGAAAUGAAUGACACACCAGGUUCGUUUUUCGCAGUACACCCACGUCAUCGUACUCUGAUAUCGAUCAAUAAAAGAUUUAACCCAUUCCCGGAACCGGAAUACAACAUGCGACAUGACUGGAACUCGUUGUUGAGCGAUGAUCCCGAACUCCGCUUCACUAAGUACUCCAAAGAGCUGUUCCCACAUGCCGAUGAUUUGGUUCGCUACAUGGAUGAUUACGCCAAGAAGUUUAACCUCAAUAUUCAUUACAAUACUCAAGUUGAGAAGAUAAAGAAACUAGAAAAUCAAGCCAAAUCUGGUGAAAAUUUCUCCCUGAAGACAUCCAAAGGAGAGUACCGAUGCAAGGUUCUGUUAGUUGCUACUGGAGCACGUAAUGAGAAAAUCCCCGAACACAUCAAAGGCAAAGAGCUCAUGGAGACGUACUGUAACCACAGUCUCGACACCGAGAAAUACAAUGGAAAAAAAGUAUUCAUUCUCGGUAAUGGAAACAGUGCUUUCGAAGCAGCUAAUCACCUUGCUGGAGCAGCUAGUAUAAUACAUAUAUUUGGAGAUCGAAAAUUAAAGCAUGCUUGGGACACUCACUUUGUAGGUGAUCUUAGAGCAGUCAACGAUACUGUACUUGACAUGUACCAGCUGAAAUCUCUGCACGUUUACCAGGCUGUGAACUUGUUAGAAGUAGCGAAAACAGACGAAGGUUAUGUUCUUACUUGUGACGAUAUUGUUCCACAUUGGAGAGAAAAGCAGGGUCGCGUCAGGUUCAAGCUACCACCAUAUGAUCACGUGAUCUGCUGUACCGGUUUUAAUUAUGUUGAUUCGUCAAUAUUUGAUGACAACUGCAAACCAGUAACCAAACAAGGUGGCAAGUUCCCAGUCAUCUCCAAUACUUGGGAAUCCAACGUCGACAAUAUGUACUUUAUGGGCACAGUAAUGCAGUGCAGCGACAGAAAAGCUGCGUCCGGAUUUAUUCACGGGUUCAGAUACAACAUACGUACAUUGCACAAGUUUCUUGAAGAGCGUUACGAAGAAGUUCCAUACCCACGCGAACUUUACCCGCUUGAUAUUAACACAAUCUCUGACAAGAUCUUGGAACGUGUAAGUGUUAGUGAUGGUAUAUAUCAAAUGAAUAACGUGUUGUGUCACGUGUUGGCCGUUCCCGACUUCGAUCCCAACAUGAAGGGUGAAGUAAAAGCUGAACUCUACCAGGAUUUCCCCAAACCAUAUGUACUUGAAGAUGCAAUUAAAGGAAGAUUCGCAAAUUACAAGCACGUGUUUGUUAUUGUACUGGCAUACGGAUUUGAAGACUUUGGAAAUGACGGCAAAUACGCCAUGGAAUUUGCGCACUUUCCCGAUCUAAACGCCACUGAUUGUCAAGCGUUCCUUCAUCCAAUUAUUACCUAUUACAAGAAUGGUGAUCUUGUAGAUGAACUGAAAUUACCUGAGUCGUUAGUACUGAGAUUCGACAUUCCUUUGACUCUAGACCAAAACCCAGAUGUAGGAAAUAACAGGAUGAGAAAUUUCAUCAACAAACAGCUGAACUUGAAGCCCGGGCAACAUUUAUAUGAAGGAUUCUUCAUGGAGAAAGUGUCAGAAAGGGUCACUCCCUUCUCAGAGGACGAGAAAAGAAGAGUUCCAGAUCUUAGCGUAUUCAAGACGUGUAUUCCAUUCAGCAUCGACUUGAAACCAAAAAUGACUUAAAUAGUCUCAACUAUGCAUGUUUUAGGAAUACUCCAAAAACUAGAAACAAUAUCUGCACUUUGAUGCUUCAUGUUCCCUUGGUACAUGAAUGUUCUUAAUGAUUCGUACUCAUAUUCUUGGUAGCAGCGAUAAUAACUCAGUGUUAAAACAAGAUAGUAUAUUUAAAGACCAAAUACAUCUGUAUCAACUAUAACUAAGUCCACAACAACGUUUUAUGAUUUGGAACCACUAAUUGCUACUGUAUUAUCAUCAACAUUCGCAAUCGUAAUUAUUAUUGGGAUCUUCUGAUAACAAUAAUUGUAUUUGAUUUCAAAACAAGCGAGUUUCAUGUCAUUUGAAUUGUCAUCAUUUAUUUCUCUUAUAUUCUCAACUCGAGUAUUGUAAUGAAAAAUGUCCCUCUGUGUUUACCAUGUAUUGUCCUUGUAACGUAAUAAAAUGAUUUGUUUAUUCUAA